AUGAAUGGAGAUAAUGAAUUAAAUCAUUAUUUCAGGAUAAAUAGUAAAUUUAUAGAUAAAAGUGAAAAUGAUAAUUUUUAUGUUUGGACAUACAAAAGCCCAAAUGUUGAUCUUUACCCAGAUGUUGUUUUCUUUAAAUGCCUAGUUAUUAGUGUUGACGGAGAUAACUAUAAGCUCAAAGAAAUUUCUCCUGAAACAAAUAGUGUCUAUGUAGUAAAAAAGGAGCAUAUAUUUAAUUGCAAUGAUAUGGUAGAUGUAAACAGUCACAGAUUAAAUGAUAUGGUUCAUCAAAAUUCUGCAGAAGUUUUAAAUACUUUAGCUUUAAGAUAUGAGCAAAAUUAUAUAUACACUAUAGCCGAGCCAAUAUUAAUAUCAAUAAACCCCUAUCAGGUUAUUGAUGUCAAUAUAAACGAUUAUAAAAAUUUGAAUAAUGAUCAGCUGCCACCCCAUGUCUAUACAUAUGCAAAAGAUGCAAUGUACGAUUUUAUAAACACAAAAAAUAGUCAGUCAAUUAUUAUAAGUGGAGAGAGUGGAUCAGGUAAAACAGAAGCUUCAAAACUUGUUAUCAAAUUUUAUUUAUCAGGAGUGAAGGAAGAUAAUGAAACAUCACAAACGUUAUGGGAUUCCAAUUUUAUAUUAGAAGCUUUUGGUAAUGCAAAAACCAUAAAAAAUAAUAAUUCAAGUAGAUAUGGAAAAUAUGUUAAAAUACAAUUAGAUGAUGAUCAAAAUAUUGUUUCAUCAUGUAUUGAAAUAUUUUUAUUGGAAAAAAUAAGAGUAGUCUCUCAAGAAGAAAAUGAAAGAUGCUAUCAUAUUUUUUAUGAAAUUCUAAAAGGAAUGAGUGAUGAUAUGAAAAGAAGAUACAAUUUUAAAUCGGAAAAUCAAUAUAAAUAUCUUUCAAAUGGAUAUAUCAGUAUUCCAGAAAUAGAUGAUGCAAAAGAUUUUCAGAGUCUAAUGACUUCUUUUGAUAAAAUGAAUAUGGGAAACUUAAAAGAUGACCUUUUUUAUAUUUUAUCAGGAAUUCUAUUGAUAGGAAACAUAGAAUUUAAUGAAAUAGAGAAAGGAGGAAAAACAAAUUGUAGUGAGUUGAAUGAAGAAAAUUUAAAAAUUGUUAAUGAAACAAGUGUUUUGUUAGGUAUAGAUGAGAUUAGAUUAAGAAAUAAUCUAACAUUUACUGAAAAAAAUAUAGCUAAUCAAAAAAUAGAAAUACCCUUGACAGUAGGAGAAUCAUUAUCAAUUUGUAGGUCAAUAUCAAAGGAUAUAUAUAAUAGAAUUUUUGAAUAUAUAACUAAAAAAAUAAACGAAUUUUUAAACAAAAAUAAAGAAUUACAUAAUUACAUAGGUAUACUAGACAUAUUUGGCUUUGAAAUUUUUCUAAAAAAUUCAUUAGAACAAUUGCUAAUCAAUAUAGCAAACGAAGAAAUACAUAAUAUAUAUUUAUAUGUAGUUUAUGAAAAAGAAUCAAAUUUAUAUAAGAAUGAAGGGAUCAUAGCAGAAUCUAUUAAAUAUACUACUAACGAACAUGUUAUUGAUUUAUUACGAGGAAAAACGUCAAUAAUGUCUAUUUUAGAAGAUGCUUGUUUAGCUCCUGGAAAAAAAGAUAAUUCAUUAAUAGGAGUGUACACUAAUAGAUUUUCAAAAUCGUCACAUUAUUCAAUAUGUAAGAAAGAUAUAAAUGGUAGCUUUAUAAUUAAACACACUGUGAGUGAUGUAAUAUAUAGUGUAACUAAUUUUAUUUCAAAAAAUAAAGAUAUUCUAUCAUCUAACAUUGUGAGAUUAUUAAAGGGUUCGAAAAACAAUUUAAUUAGAAGCAUGUAUGAAGAAGUAGAAAUAACGGAAUCAUUGGGACGAAAAAAUUUGGUAUCAUUUAAAUAUUUAGAAAAUCUUAAAAAAAUAAGUUCUUACUUAAAAAAUACCAAUAUAUUUUUUAUAAAAUGCAUUAAGCCAAAUGAAACUAAAGAAAAAAACAAUUUUAACCAAAGGAAAGUUUUUCCUCAACUAUUUUCUUUGUCUAUUAUAGAAACACUAAACAUAAAAUUUUUUUUUCAAUAUAAAUAUACUUUUUCAUCAUUUUUAAGUUACUUUAAGUAUUUGGAUAUAGUUAUUUCAAAUAACAAUAAUUUAGAUGAUAAAACAAAAGUUUCAAAGAUUCUAGAAAAUAACUUUGAUAAUGACUCAUAUAAGAUAGGAAAAACACUUGUUUUCUUAAAAAAGGAUGUUGUAUAUAAAAUUAAAGAAAAAAUUAAUGAUAAUUUAAAAAAUUAUAAGAAUUUAUGUAAUAUAGUAAGUGCAAUUAUUACAAAAACUAAAAAAAAAAAAUUAGUUGAAUCAAAUAUAAGAAGUUUGCAGGUGGCUCAAGCCUACUUCAGGAAAUAUAAAUAUGUGAAGGAGCUUAAAUAA